AUGGUAUCUCCCCAGAUCAUGGCCCCUCCGUCCCCUUCCAGCACGUCUCCUGCCCCCCCCCCCGAGGCCGAGCACAUGCCUCGGGCCACGAUUUGCGGAACCCUCCUCUUUGCAUGCCCCCGAGCACGAGGCCGCGCGGGUCAGAAGCACUCGCGGGCCAGACUGCCCCGGAAGUCCGAGGUCGUCCGCGCCAUGGUCGUCGGCGCCUCCGCUCCGCAGAAGCACCUGCCUCUGAGCGUGGCGGCUGGCCAUAAGUGCCGCAAGUACUCCUGGUCGUCGCGCCGCACAGAGAGGGAAAAC